AUGCUAUUCUCGAAACUGUGCUCAUUUAUUCUGUUUGUGACCGUUUUCUUUUCGAAUGAAGUCCAGAAUGAUACCAUAUACAGUACGUAUGUUACAUUUGAUAACAAAACGCAGACGUUUGGCGUCCAUGAAGCAGAACCAACAAACGAGAGUUUCGUAGCCGUGGCACACAUGAUCAACGCCACUGCUAAUCUGACUGGCUGGACGUACUUGGAAGUGAGCACCAUGGACCACCGCUGGGUGAACGACUCUGUGCAGGCCUACGCAGGGGGAUUGGCAGAAGGUCACCUCACCCUCCAGCUGAUCGACCUGCACUGGCAGAACCUCCUCCAGGGUUACUGUGACGAACCGUACAGCCAAUAUUGUCUUAGACUGAGAGACUUCCUCAGCUCCAACCUGGCCUGGGUGCGGCAACAAGUCGAGACUAACACCAACGAUCCGUAUUGGCAUCAGGUGGCUAUGUUCUACACUCAGAUGAAAGGUAUAUCCGAUGGUUACUCUAGCGUCUUAGGACCUAUCUCCAUGGAUCUUGACCCACUAGGCAUCUAUCUUUUACAGGUCUAUUUUGAACUUGCCGACCUUGAGAAGGUUUUACACGCAGACGACGUGGACGAUGCCUGGACCAACGACCACUGUUCAGCCAUCGUCAAACUGAUGCCUCACAACGCAGACCUGUACACCGCGCAUAACACGUGGGUCGGCUACAGCACGAUGUUGAGAGUCCUCAAGAAGUAUUCCUUGAGAUACCAUACGUCACUCGAAUCAGACUCUGACUACCCUGUUGGUUCAGUAGUGACGUGUUCGUCUUACCCUGGUUAUUUGACUUCUUCAGACGACUUCAACAUGUUGUCAUCCAAGUUGGCUGCUACAAUGAUCAAGAAUGCAAAAGAAGACUGUCAACAAGUUGUCUUCCUCACAGAUGCUCUCUCAGUCCUACAAGCCUUGCAAGGGGAAACACUUCCUCACCUGAAUGAAGCCAUGCAAGAGGUAGCAAAGGAAAGACGAGUAGCUCUACAGUGGAUCCCAGCACAUUGUGGGAUUCCAGGAAAUGAGGAAGCAGACAGGCUAGCCAAGCUAGGAGCUAAUCAUGUACAGCCCAGCAACAACAUUAGCUUCUCAGAGAAGAAAACCUUGAUAAAGGCAGCCAACAGACCCAGGACAGAACAAGAUGAUUACCACCUUCUCAGUCGCUUGGAACAAGUAACUCUGUUGAGACUCCGGACAGGCACAACCGACUGA